UAAAAUCAUGACUUCCUGGCUUCUAACGUUUGUAAGAGCGCCGCACGCUACUCGAUGAGCUGUGUUGUGGCCUUUCUACGCCAGCUGUUGCGAGGACUAAAGAAAAUUUGCCGGGCUUCGCCGCGCAUUCGUCGCGCGGGGUGGUGCUGACGUACGGAAGAGUUGGCGUAUGGCCAAAAUAUUUGCCAGGCAAACAAGUCGACUACGGCGGCUGAUCGUCGGUAGCGUUGUGAGGAAUACAAUGGCAAUCAGAGCGGUGCUUCUGCUACUUUUCUGCGUCGCGUUGGUUCGGCUGGCCUCUACAGUGUACGUCACAAGCCCUCACGACGAUAUUGGCUACUUUUGGCACGUAACCGACUUCCAUGUGGAUAAGGACUACUCCACACGGGGAAGUCGUGACCUGUCAUGCCACCGUGAUGCCAACCGUACUACCUUGGAUGACAUUGGGGCAUAUGGUGACUUCCUGUGCGAUGCUCCAAAACUACUGGCUCAGUCAGCGGUUGAGGCCAUGGAACGGAUACAUCCUACAACAGACUUUAUUCUGUGGACAGGGGACAACCUGCCUCAUGUGAGUGGAAUCACUUGGGCUGACAUGUUCAAUGAGACACGCUGGAUUGGAGACCUCCUUUGGCGCUGGGCACGGCGGCACCGUUCAUUUGUCGUGCCCACCUUGGGGAACCAUGACUGGGUUCCGGCGAAUGCUAUGGAAUCUAAAAAUGCUACCCUCUACAGAGGCUUUCUCAUCCAUGCUGGUUUCAACCAGUUGCUCCCAGAGGAUGCCUGGGCCACAUUUGAACAGGGUGGCUACUACAGUCGGCAGCUGUCCAAGAACAUCCGGCUAGUGUGCCUCAACUCGGUUCUGUGGUACUCUUCGAACAAGGGCGAGCGACCGGGACCCAGUGACCCCCAAAUGGCCUGGCUGCGAGAUCAGCUGCAUGACGCUCAACACCAGGGACAGAAGGUGUUCAUAUCGGGUCACAUUGGCCCUGGCUACUUUAGCCGCUCCCUUGUUGGCCAGCCUGCAUCCGUAGUUUUCUUUGAAGACAUCAACGACCGGUACCAGGACCUGAUUGCGCAGUACAAGGACAUUGUGGCCGGACAGUUCUUUGGCCACCAGCACAUGAACGCAUUUGUACUCCUUUCAGACAAAAAUGGUUCGCCGGUCAGCUCGAUGCAUUUGGCUGGAUCAGUGACUCCCUGGGGCAGCAAGGAUCCGGUUUACCGUAGUCUCUCGGAGCCGACAAACCCCUGCGUACGACUCUACACGUAUCGCCGCUCAACUGGAGAACUCCUCGACUACAGCGUCUACUACCUAAACCUUGACAAGGCCAAUGCUGCUGCUGCUUCUCAGCAACAGCCUGAGUGGGAGUUCCUCUACUCGGCCAGCAAGGACUUUGGGCAGCGGGACCUGAGCACUGACUCUAUGGUGGAGCUGGCGCACCGACUCACUGCCUCGCCAGAACUGCUUUCUCGGUAUAUCAACCUCAGCUCGGCACUCAAAGAUACAGGCCCAUGUGAUGCUAGCUGUCGCAAGACGAUGCUUUGCGCCGUCCUUGGUUCUCGCCAUGAUUCACACGCCGCCUGCAUUUCCCAGAAAGGCACAGUGCUUGCCCACACUGUGCAGUUGGAUGGCCACAGCGAGGCAACCACAACUGUCCGGGAUGUACUUGUUGGCCUGUCGGUGUCUCUCGUGAUCGUGGUGGGCAUCGUGCUGGUGGUGCGUGCCAAGAGGGCACGCAUGAUGCAAGGACCACGCUAUGGACGCUUCAGGUGAUUUGCGAGCAACACUAGAGUGUUCAGGCUUGUGUCUUGUUGUUACCGAACCUGUUCGAAGCCUUCAAAGUUGCGCUUCUGACUGCUGCUGCCAGCACGGCUUCUUAUCGAGUUUGCUUGUGUGCUGAAGCCGUGAUUUGACCAUUUGAAACAUUCACGGCAGGCCCAGUGCCAUUUUUGUGCUGGGCCUUGCUGUGUGCUGCAAUUUUAUUGGUUACGAUCUCAUCCUUGGCCCGUUGGCAGUAAGCUCGUUCUUUUCCGAUGAAAUAUUAUAGUGCAUUACAGUGUUACAGUGCAUUAUAGUGUUACAAAUGCUACGUGUAAGUACCGGCUUAAAGGAGGUGAGCCUUGUAGGACUGUGAUCAAGCAGAGAGUGAUAUGACUUUGAUUAAUAUUGGCCAACUUGCUUGCCAACUUUGUAGUGUGAAGGAGCACACCCAUAUUCAGUUGUUUGGAGACAAUUUUUAUAGUAAUGUAGUUUUGUCUUCAUGACUUGCUUUUCAAAGAGAUUAGUGGCAUGUGGUAGCAGUGCAGCUCUGCUACUUAAAAAUAUUUUUUUUAGAUCCCAACUGCCAUGACGAGCUUACUUUAUCAAUCAAUGCAAAAGACUCUUUUCCUCUUUACAAUGUAAUAACUAGAAAGUUGAAUGUAAAAGGAUAAAGAUUUAGGAGCAAAGGAAGAAACAAGCACCAUAUGUAUGUGCCUCAUGCCAAGGCCUUCUUCCUGUCUUUUUUGUUCCAUUCUGUAAUUGCUGUAUAUUGUAAUCUGAAGGCUGCACUGCUGCACUGUUUUUCUUCAAUAUGGUUGGAAAUUUUUAGGAUGUAGCUUGUACACCAACAAAUAGCAAGUGCAUGUAUCAAAUUUGCGUGUAAAAAUAGACUUGUGUACAGCUGCAUUCACAACUUGGAUAGCCCUUAUUUAGCUUUGAUUGCUACCUCAAUCAUCAUAGCCAGCAUUGCCCACUGUCUUGGUGCACCUGAUAUUCACAUUACUUGACGCAAGCUUUAACAAAAAAGUUUUUCUCCUGGAAGAUUACAUGUGAACUAUAAGCCCAUGUUGACACGACAGUGACGAGAAACAGCCUAGUCAGCAGUAUAAUCAUCGGAUGAAAAAUUCAUGGGGCUUUUAAUGCGAAAUUUGAGUGGAAUGCUAAAGGCAUGGCAGGACAUGCAGGUAUUAAAGGGGCCCUGAAACACCCCUCGGGCUUGGCGAAAAAACACAGUCUGCGGAUAGCAUACGCUGCUGUGAACAUCUCGGCCAAAUUUUGCAGUCGUGCAUGGUGCGUGGAUCUCGCAAGAGGGGCGCGAAGUCACUUUUCUAUCAAACGCUCUCUUUUCAACAGAAGCCUGCUCCUCACUCUUUUCUGGAUGCUUUAUUUUGUAAUAUAGCAGAUUCCCAUAUGCGGCUGCUAUUGGCAAAUAGCUGACAUCAAUCAAGAAGGGUGUUUGGAUCAGUGCGCUUUUUCCUGCUGUUACUGUGUAUGCCGUAUAGACUCGUAUAAGUGCUGCACCCCCAAAUUGGCACCCCAAAAUUGGGGAAACAAUUUCCAACGGAGAAUCAAUCGCAUUCGGUGCCACAUGCUUGCAUCGGCAAAUUAUCGCACGCUGUGUACUUUUGCAUGCCGCUACCAGAUGGCGAGAGCUGCGGGUUGACCUCUGAUGCAAUGGUACAUCCGGGGAUCCGGAGUGUGCACAAUUUUGACCUGAAGGUUCGGUUCCCAUUUAAGGGCUCAUCUCGUCAAAAUUGUGAAAAAAUAGUGCGGCCCCUACGCUAGCCGAUAUGGUACUUAUUGAUGCAGUUUAAUAUAGAAGCUGAAGUAAGCGAAAAUAUGCUUUCGAAUUUUGAUAUUAAUUACAUACUUCCGGAAGAAGCCGACUAUGAUCUGCUCACGCUCGGGAGUAGCCACCUGCAUAGGAAUUAAACUUUGGGCGCCCUGCUUAUCGAUGUCAUAGCCAUCAGGUCUCGCUAAUUUCAAUUAGUUUUGAACAUUAAACUAGCCUCAUACCAUGCAAAGCUUAAGGUCAGACCACGUGCACGCUUGCCAGCGCAUGCUCACUCCUUGCUGCUCCUGGCUAGACGCUGUAGCAGACAUCGCUUCGUAAUGAGCUUCAAUAUUCACAAGUUGGAUGUGGUUACUAUCUGUCAGUCAAGCUGGCGCAGGACAAAGCCAGUCCGCACCAUGUAGCACAGUCAGACGGGAGCAUAUGAGUGCGAGCGUGCGCUCUAGCCCUGUCAUGCACAUAGCAAAUGCUGCAGUUGCAUGUAGCUGCGGUUCGCUACGUAGCGUAGAUACUGUAGCUUCUGCGGGGUUCCGUGACGAGUCCACUGGCUGAGUGCACUGCAGCUCGCUGAGGUCAACCUCUUUUGGUGCGUCGUAGUCGCCAAAAUUGGAAAUAAUGGCGUCUACGUCAACAUCCAAUAUCAAAUUUGAACUGUAUGCCACAGUGACGUUCAGUAGGUGGAGCGUUUUAGGCACACCCCGCUCCACCGUAGCCUUCACAGUGCAAAUCAUUGAGGAAGGAGCGGAAGCACCGCAAAGGGUAUGUUUGAUUGCCAAUAACCCCGCUUGUGAGGAACGUAUUGAAAAACUUUUUGCGGCAAAGUAUUUUUGAAGUAGUCUUAUUUAACUUCAAAUGCAUUUCUUGACUUUGAUAAAAAGUGAUUCAGGACCCCUUCAAGUAUUGUGGGGCCAUUCACUUGAAGUGUAGGUAGUUAAAGCAGCAGUUGGCUUGGCUGAAAAACGUUAGCACCUGCACUGGCAUCAAAGUGUCAUGAAUUCAGGACUCACUAAACAGAUAAAGUCAUACACUUUCUGGCACUCUGUAGUGUAGAAGAGGCAGCAUGGCUUCUUGCAUGCGAGCAUGUUGCACUGAUGCAAGGCACAUGGGGAAAGUGCACUUAGACAAAACACAAGGAGAUGGCAUGCAAUUGCAUAAGAACAUCAGUGCUUUUAAGUCGAUGAACUUCACUUUUGAGAGAUUUAGCGCAAGAAAGACAGACACACGAGAUGAGAUACACAGGGUUCUUUCUUGUCCUGUUAGUCUGUUAGAAACAGCAAUCAUCUUGUGUGUCCGUGCUUCUAGGGCCAUAUCUUUCAAGAUGAACAUUUUCAAACUAGCGUCAAUGAGAAGUCUUACACAAUGACAUAUCUAAUAGGCCGUCAUCUGUAAAGGUAGCAAAGAAGCAAAUGUCAUCUUGAUGUUGCUUGAAGUACAAGCCUGCAUAGCAUUUGCAGGCAUAGCAUCUGCAUAGCAUUUGCAUAGCAUUUGCACAGCCGCAGCUGCAGCUGGUGUGGUACGCUUGUGAAGGGGACCUGCGGAUUUAGUGCGUAAAUUAUUUCGAAAAUACUUCUUAAAGUGAACCUUUCUUUUCAUACCUUCCUGGACUUUACUGACCGUGGCUGCUGCUGCUGGUGUACUGCUGAAUAAACGCGUGCCUUGUAUCGCGUAGAGUGUGCAGGCAAGGACCCCGUUUCACACAACAUUAUGUGCGCACACUAGUUUCCAUUCGGCCAUACAUGAAGGAAUGAAAUUGGAAAAAUAAUAGUCGACAUUACCUUUGUGUAUUGGCUCGUACUUCUCUCGGCAUACAUCUGUCCUCAUUAUUCUUCCCUCAACAAAGAUCACCCUCGUCUUCGUGACAUCAACUGCUGUUUGCAUCUCAAUUUAGAUUGUGAACGGUGUAGCACAUAAACAUGAACUUGGUAGCAUGUUAUAGUUGUGGCCAAUAUGGGGCAUAAGCAUAGACAUUGCAGGAGAUUACAUAUUGCAUAGAUGACACAAAAGACAGUUGUACCCAUCACAUUUAGUUUUAUAGCAUUUUAGUUAUUGCUUCAUGAAAGCUUCUAUAGAAGCACAUAAGAUUUCAACAUGUACAUUGGAACUACAUAACAUUUUAAAGAUAUUUCAUCUCAGGCAUGCAGGUGUAGCUGUUAAGAAUAGAUAUGAUAUUGUAGCUAUUAAGCAAAUCUGGCUCAUACAAGCAUUCCCUUUGCCCUCAUAGCUUCAACCCAGUGAACACAAACGUGUGCGUGAGAAUAUAGAGAUCGUGCAGCACCUAGAGGUGGCGCGCCAGCAUGCUGCAUCAGUGCCAUCAACGGCCAGUCUGGUGUUAGGUUGCUUGCUACAGCACGCUGCCUGAUCUUGGAGGCAAUGCAUUCGCUGCUUUUACAAAGUCUCCAUUCUCCUGUGCGCGCUCACGAUUAUUGCAUCCACAAUCGACAGCUCACCACAGUAAUACGAACCAAUGUACUGUACUUAUUGGGAUGCAGUUGCGGUAACUAACUGCAUAUUUUGCACAAAUGUUCCGAAAAAAUCUUUGCAUUUUUAUUUGCAGUGCACGUGGUAGGCUUUUGCGUGUCAUCGUCUGCUACAUUUAGUAUGCGAGUCACCUCCACAGCACGCUGCUAAAACCGCGCCACCGUCUCAUUGCACACUCCCUAUAGUGCAUGCAUUCAUCUUGUGCACAUCAAUUGUACCCAGUAUGCUGAAUGCUGAAAGCCAUUUCUUGUACACACAGUGAUAGCAAGCAGUGCAUUAUUACUUUAUUUGCUGAUUACAUUGCUGGGGGUGUGCGAGCGUUAUAACAAAGUGAUGUGAGGUCUUGAUUGGUGCGAUUACAUUUGUUCUGAUUGCAUUGUUAAAUGAUCAAUAGCAAUGACUGUGAGAGUUGAAAGUUAUGCACAGUUGUACUGUUAGGAUGUUCAGUCAUGCACUCGAAGCUUCAAUCCUGUUGUCCCAGUGCCUUCUAAACAUGUGUGCUAGUACUGCAAUGUGUCUGUUAGUGUGGCGAGACUUGUAUACAUACUUGUAGGCUCUGAGAGUAGUUAGCCCCUGAACACUGUUGGUUUGCUGUUUAACACUGAUCUAAGGUGUCCCGUAGCUGGACUUCCGGGUGGAUGUAAUGUUCAAGCAAGUGAGUGAUUUAUGCUACCCUGCGACUCUGGAAAAUCUAAUGCCAUUUGUAUAGUGUAACGUUUGCAUUUAAUGUCAUUAGUUAGCUGCACAAGAGUACGAAAUUGAGAUAGUUGGUUUGUAAGUAGCACAGUGAAUAGUGACGACAGGACGAAAAAUGAGAGACGGAGUUCAGUGCAUGUGUGAACACCGUGCAUAAACACCGUGCAUAAACACCGUGCAUAAACACCGUGCAUAAACACUGUGCAUAAACACUGCACAUGUGUCCCGUUUUGUCGUGUCAUGUGUGCUGUUCAUGUUCACCAUGGUUCGCUCGUACAUGAGGGAAUUUAGGUCAUUUGAUGAAGACAAUAUUAGCCUUGGUAUGAGUUUGAGAAACUCAUUUCCUCCACUAGUGAUCCGGAAUGCAUGAUAGUUGUAUUUUCAGAUUAUAGAUGCACAAGAUGAAAUUAUUGUUUUCAAUGUGGGCGUUAGCGUUUAAAGUUUAAAGUGGUUUCUAAUUUCUGUACAUUGACAGCAGGCGUUACUGAUUUGGAAUGCAUGAUAAUUGAGCCAUUUUCUAAGCUGUAAAUUAACAAGAAAGAAAGCGAUUCCUUGUUCUGUGAAAGUUUGUAACAAAAGAGUUGUUAUAAUUUCUGUAUGUUGAUGCAUGAAUGAGUUGCUAUGUUGGCCCUCUAAAGUGAAGACUUGUGCUGGCAGUUCUCGAAGCUAGUCGCGGGUGGUUUCUGCAAAUGCUACAAAGUGGUUUUAAUUCAUCCUUGUUAAACUUGGCCCAAAAGAUAUUGUUAUUUUAGUUUUCAGAUGAGUUAGCAAGUCUAUGAACAUUCAGAAAAUGAUGGUAACUGCUUAUAUGGUUGUACAUUUAUGAUGAUGGUUUGUGGUGAGAAUAAUGUACAUUAGUGUUUGUUAUAUAAAUAUAUGUUCUGUGAAUGCAUGUUGUCAUCCUGGUGUUAGAUUUUGAAUUGUGUCUUGUCAUUUUCUUUACGCUUCUGCACAGUUUAGUCAUGCAAAAGCAGAAAAUUGAUAACCUGCAGAUUACAGGCCCGAUCAUGUUGCUUGACAA